GAAAGAAAAUAAAAGGGUCCCAUGUAAUAGGAGAUAGAUAGAUAGAAGUUAUUACCCAAAAUGAAAGUGUCACAACUAAAUUGAAACUUCUUAUAAUAGAAAGUGUCACAACUAAAUUGAAACAGAGGAAGUAAGUAAAUUUCAACAUGAACAGGGUAGACUUGUUUCAUGCGUACUACUCCCUCCGUCCCAUAAUAUAGUGCCUACUUCAUUUUUAGUGGGUCAAACUUUGAAAUCUUUGACCGAAUAUUCUCAUUUGUAUAUAUAAAAAAACAUAUUUAUGUGUGUGAACUUUUAGGCAGAGUUUUUUUUUAAUCUUUUUCGAGGCAAAUUAUUAGUGAAGUUAGUGCUCUUGUAAUGGACGACCCAAAGAAUUUAUUCCUUUGAAUCAUUAUUUUCCAAAGUGAUUUAGGACUUGUGUUAGUAUAUAGAUUAAUUUUUUGACGAACCUCAAGCUAAGGCCUAAUUGAAUUUGCAAAAAUGUGAUUGGCGAGAUCAACUAGAAGUUUAGAAGUAAACAUAAUUUGGGGUGGUGGUUGUUCGAUGUAGCACGGAUACUUCUUCUAGCUCACGUACUCGUACCCGUAUCAGUAUCCGUACCCGUUCCUAAUAUGUAUCAUGUCUGUCCUAUGGUCAGUGCAGUUUCAGUGGACUUCUGCAGGAAGAUUAAACAACUAAGUUAGUUCAUGUUACAUAUUUGAUCGUGAUUCAUGAGUAGCUUGACUAAAGUACUUAAGUCAAUAUAUCAUAUAAGAGUUUAGAUAUUUCAAGAUUCAUGUAACAAGUAGAAGAUUUUAAACUUAUAUUAAUCUUGCUGAUUCUUGUCUCUAGUGGAAUUGUGGAAUAUCUUAGCUGUACUUGCUAAGCAUGUUGGAAUUUUAAAUUUUGUUUCAUUAAGAGCUUCUGAAGUUGUGCUAUUUUAAAUUACUUGAGCUGAUUGUUACACAUAGUUUGACCAUUAUAUAUGCAUCUAAGGAGUUGAUCUUCAAACCAUAUUUUUUUCUUUCUUAUCAAUGAAUUUCUGUUUCUGAUUUACUAGAACAUAGCAGCAAAUUCUAGCUAUAAAUCAUGUUUGAGCUUGAAAACUUCAAGUUGUUAUACCCAUUGUUACUAAUCAUCCCAUUUCUUUUCUUAUACUUCAUCAAGUUUUCAUCCUCUCAAACAAAAAAAACUUGCCAAUCUACAAGCUUUGAGUUCCCCAAAGCUUACCCUCUAAUUGGCCAUUUGCUAGCAGUCUUGAAGCAGAAGAAGGACGAGAGAUUCCGAUGGCUCACGAGUCUCGUACACAACUCCCCCAACUCCACCUUUGUCAUGCACAGGCCAUUGGGACAAAAGAGCAUCUUGACAGGCAAUCCAGCCAAUGUGCAGCACAUCCUAAAGACGCGGUUUCCAUUAUAUGAAAAAGGCCCUCUCCAUAAGACCAUUCUUGAAGACCUCCUAGGGGAUGGCAUAUUCAAUUCUGAUGGUGAUGUGUGGAAGUUUCAAAGGCAAGUUGCUAGCCAUGAAUUCAGCACCAAGUCGUUACGAAACUUCGUUGAGACUGUUGUUGAUAUCGAGCUUUCUGAUAGGUUGAUCCCGAUCCUGUCUGAUGCAGCCAAGAAUCAAACAGUCCUUGAUCUACAAGACAUACUUCAGAGGUUUACAUUUGACAAUAUCUGCAAGAUUGCAUUUGGGUAUGAUCCAGAAUACUUGUCACCCUCUUUACCAGAUGCUAAAUUUGCAGUUGCUUUUGAAGAUGCUGUGAUGAUUAGUACUCAGAGAUUCAGAACAUUUUUCCCUAUUACAUGGAAAAUCAGAAGAUUUCUGAACAUCGGAUCAGAAAAGAAGCUUAAAGAAGCAGUUUCAGAGAUAAGAAACUUUGCUAAAUCCCUUGUUAGUCAGAAAAAACAAGGAAUGUUGAAGAAUUUGGAGGGUUUUCACUCAUCAGAAUCAGAUGAUUUACUGUCAAGGUUUCUAAAAUCAGGCCACUCUGACGAGAACUUUGUCACUGACAUUGUUAUCAGUUUUAUACUCGCUGGCCGAGACACAACAUCGUCUGCUCUAACAUGGUUUUACUGGCUCCUAUAUAAGAACAAACAUGUAGAAGAGGAAAUCAUCAAAGAAAUCAACAAAAACAGAGGAAAACAGAGCAAUAAAACAGAGCAUUCCUCUGUUUUAGAAGAAGUUAAAGACAUGGUUUAUAUUCAUGCUGCAUUGUAUGAGAGCAUGAGGCUAUACCCACCCGUCCCAUUAGACACCAAGCAGGCUAACGCCAACGAUGUAUUACCCGAUGGCACGCUAGUGCAAAAGGGUUCUUGGGUAACAUAUCAUCCUUAUGCUAUGGGAAGGAUGGAAAGUAUAUGGGGGAUUGAUUGGGCUGAAUAUAGGCCAGAGAGGUGGCUAGAAGUUGGUACAGGGGAAGUGAAUUGGAAGUUUGUGCCUAAGGAUCCAUAUUCGUACCCGGUUUUUCAGGCCGGGCCUCGUGUUUGUCUUGGUAAGGACAUGGCAUUCUUGCAAAUGAAGAGAGUGGUGGCUGGUAUCUUGGAGAGGUUUCGGGUUGUUCCGGUGGUAGACGAUGGAUUUGAGCCUGUUUACAUUCCUAAUCUGACUGCCAAGAUGCAAGGUGGUUUGCAAGUGAGGUUUGAAGAGAGGGUAUCAAUAGAAUGAAUGAAUGAUCAAGCUCCAUGUUCUUUUGAAUUAUUUACCCGCUUCUUUUUGUAUGUUUCUUUGAUGUCAUGUAAAUAAAUGGUUUGUUAAGUUAAUGAAGUUUAAUAUAUAUUGAGUU